GCCCUUUGCUCACCCAUCGCUCACUCGCAGGGCGUGGCUGCGUCGUCGUUGAUUAAAGCGAGGGAGAGAUGGCCGAACCGCAGAGCAUCCCUCCAUCGUCGCCGCGGCCGCCCAACGCCUGGCCGCCGGACGAGCAGCAGCAGCAGCAGCAGCAGCCUCGUCAAAAUUUGGCCAAAGGCAGCGCUUCUCCCCAGCGUAGAGGCAGCGAGGAGCAGUCGGCGACAAAGCAGAACCGCUUCUUUCCUCGAUCGCUCACCACGGGCGAUGCGCAGCCAGUGCAGGGUAGGGGUGCACCCGUCGCGGGCAGGGCUGGCGGGCGGCCCCCCGUCACAGCAGCAGUCGGAACGCAAAGGCCGGUGAGCUAUCACCCGGGCACGUCGGGAACUGGCUAUGGAACGAUCGAGACCGAGAGCGGCGGCAGCGGCGAUGUCGAGAGACAAGCGUCGGGAGCAGGAGCCGGGACAGGAGCGGGAAACGGCUCGGACAUCAACCUCCAGGGCAGAAGCUACCGCUUCCAGACAACGCACCCCGACCACAGCAACCACGUUGUGCCAUCGAGCUACACGGCCACCUCGGGCACCAUUCGCGGCAGCACCGCCUUCCUCGCCGGUAUGGCUCUCAAUGCCGACGACGAUGACGGCGAUGACGACGACGACAACGAAGGGCUCACUGCCGCCUCGCCUCGUUCUGCAGCCAGUAGAGAUCGAUACGACGGUGGCCAGCGCGAGGUGCUGCAGGGCGAUGGAGCCUCGUCGCAUGACUUUGCGCCCAUCUCCAUUCUCUCCCAGUCGCACCAGAGCACCGGUCCCAGCAACCUGUCCAAGGCCAUCAGUGCGAGCCAGAGCACGAGCCCAUCAACGGUCAAGGCGCAGGAUGACAGCCCCGGCGAGUCGACACCGCUGCUCGGAGCUCCUCGGGGCAGGACACCUGCGUCGCCGCUCAGCGGCGCUGGCGCCGUCCUCGAGGCCGAAGAAGAGGCAAAGAAGCGCGAGUCGAGCCAGGAGUCGUCUGCACCCUCGAGAAGCAAUGAUCGGGCCGCUACUGACUCGGGCUUCAGCCAGCGCUCCCAACGCUCGAAUGGUGGUGCGCCGACGACGGGCGCAGGCUCAUUUGACAAAGCUGGCUCCUCGUCAACGUACGGCUACGGUGUCCUGGCCCAGGCACAGCAGCAGGAAGAAGACGCAAAGCUCAUGCGCACCCAGACGCAGUCGACAUCGGGCCCACGCCGUGUCUCGUUUGCUGACCACAGCAGUGGGCCCAGACCAAGACCGAGAUACGAAUACACCGACGACGAUGAUGACGAUGGUGACGACCACGGUGACGACGAAGACGAGGACGGCUACCAAGAGGACAGCGAGCUCUCGCCCAAGUGGGCUUACGUUCCAGUCUGGUUUCGUCCUGGUCGAGGCAGGAUCCCCGUGACUUCGUCGUCGCCCUCGCUUGGCCUCAGCACCGUCUAUCACGCUGCGCGCAAGCUCACCUGGCGAGACGCCAUCUCGGCCAGUGCAGAGCCCAUCCGUCUGCUCCCGGCCGUGAUUCUUGGCAUGCUCCUCAACGUCCUCGACGGCGUCUCCUACGGCCUCAUCAUCUUCCCCACCUCGUACCCCAUCUUUGCCGACUUUGGUGGCGACGGCGUGUCGAUGUUCUUUGUCACCUGCAUCAUCAGCCAGCUCGUCUACACCCUCGGCGGCUCUAUAUUCAAGGGCGGUAACGGCUCCAUGAUGAUCGAGGUCGUGCCCUUCUACCACAUUCUCGUCACCAUCAUCAUCGAUACCCUGGGCGACGAGGCCGACCCUGCGUCGGUGGUCUCUACGACGAUUGUCGCCUUUGCCCUCUCGUCGAUCUUUGCUGGCAUCGUCUUUAUGCUGCUGGGCUACUUCCGCCUCGGCGUUCUCGUUGGCUUCUUUCCCCGCCACAUUCUCGUCGGGUGCAUCGGUGGCGUCGGCGUCUUCCUCAUCGAAACGGGCCUGGAGGUGUCGUCGCAGCUCAAGUCCGAGGCCGGCUUCCAGUGGAAUCUCGAAACAUUCAAGUUCUUCACCCAGUCCUGGUUCAUGGUUGCCCAUUGGCUCCCGCCUCUCUUCCUCGCCAUCCUCCUCCGGCUCAUCACUGCAAAGUGGCACCAGCCGCUCAUCUUCCCCACCUACUUCCUCGUCAUUCCCGUCAUCUUCUACAUCAUCACCAGCGGCAUCCUGCGAGUACCCCUCGACACGCUUCGCCGAGACGACUGGGUGUUCGACGUGGGCAAGGCGGCCGAGGCACCCUUCUGGCGCUUCUACACCUACUUUGACUUCAGCAAGACGAGCCUAGCUGCCCUGUGGGCCACGAUGCCCACUCAGCUCGCACUGACAUUCUUCUCCAUCCUCCAUGUGCCACUCAACGUACCUGCGCUGGCCAUUAGCGUAAACGAGGACAACCUGGACACGGACCGCGAGCUUGUCGCCCACGGCAUCUCCAAUAUUCUCGCUGGUCUGGCGGGCAGUGUGCCCAACUACCUCUGCUACGUCAACUCCGUCCUCUUCUACCGCGUCGGUGGAGGCAGCCGUCUCUCGGGCUUAAUGCUUGCCGCAGGCACCUUUGCCAUCCUCCUCGCCGGUCCUGGCGCCAUCGGCUACCUCCCCAUCUACGUCGUGGGCGCCCUCAUCUUUGUGCUCGGACUGGACCUGACAAAGGAGGCCGUCUGGGACACCAUUGGCCGGGUCAAUGGCUGGGAGUACUUCACCAUCUGGCUCAUCAUCUUUGUCAUGACCUAUUACGACUUUGUCGUCGGCAUCCUCGCGGGCAUCAUUGUCGCCUGCCUCUUCUUUGUCAUCCAGACAUCGAGGCGUCGCACAGUCCGUGCCGUUCUGGACGGCAGCAUCGCCAGGAGCACCGUCCGGCGGCACAUCACCCAGCGCCGGUUUCUCGAGCGCGUGGGUAGCCAGACGCAGAUUGUCAAGCUGCAGGGCUUCCUCUACUUUGCCAACAUCUCCUCUGUCGAGGAGCUUAUCCGUCGCGCGCUCGACAUUGCCACCUGGCAGUCGCACCCAAUCCGUUUCCUCGUCGUCGACUUCAGCCUCGUCAAUGGCGUCGACUUUUCGGCUGCAGAGGCUUUUACGCGCAUCCAGCGUCUGCUCCAGGCCAAGGAUGUUGUCCUCGUCUUUUGCGGUCUCACGCCCGACAGCGACGUCGGCGUGGCCCUGCGUAGCGUCGAUCUGUGGGCCGAGAGUAGCGUGCGUGUCGAGGUGUUCCAGAACCUCAACGAGGCGCUGGAGUGGAGCGAGAACGAGUACCUGAGAGGUAUGUAUGCCGCGGCCGCCGCUGUGAGCCAGAGGCCGUCGCUGUCUUCUACAACCUCUUCUGGUGGAGUGCCAAACCCUCCCACGGCUGCGAUGCACGAGGCUACAGCCACCGGGGGUGGGCCGGCAGGUCUCGAGGUACCCCGCGGCGGACCCCGGCGAGCGCCCGCGUUCAGCCUCGAGGAGAGCACCGUCAGCUCGCCGAGAAGGGAGCACCUGCACUUGGCGGCCAAAGAGGCAGCCGAGAGGAGCCGCCGGACGGCCGAGAUGAUGACGAAGGCGCUGGACCUUGGAAGCCUCGACGGCUCCCAGAUCUCGACGACGGAGAGCACCAGGAGCGGCAGCGAGGUCUCGCUCGAGGCUUCCAAGGAGCAGCAGCUGCAGACGCAGCAGGUCCAGGCCCAGUCCCGAGUCCAGCAGCAACAGCAGCAGGGCAGGCGUCGGUCUUCGGUCGCAACGUCUGGCAACGCCAACCACCGCAAGUCGGCAGCCAAGAGUGUCCAUUUCUCGUCACACCAACCCCUGCCGCUGCUCAUGGUCACCUUCCAGGCUUACACGACGCCGCCGUACGACGACGAGGUCUUCUUCCGGCGCAUCACCCCAUUUUUCACUCGCCUCGAGCUGCCGGCGGGCACGACGCUGUGGGAGCGUGACGAGGAGCCCGACGGGCUCUACCUCAUCGAGCGCGGCAUCCUCAAGGCGCGCUACGACUUUCCGCAGGAGGACUACGAGAUCAACGAGGCCAUGCUGGCCGGCACCAUUGCCGGCGAGCUGAGCUUCCUGGCGCAGCAGCGACGGAACACGACGGCCUUUGCCGAACUCGACUGCGUCCUCUGGAAGCUCGACGAAGACGCCGUGGAGCGCAUGAGGCAGAGCGGCGACGGGGAACUCUUUGCACCCUUUUUAAAGAUGCUGCUCAAGGCCUGCUCCGAGGAGCAGGAGGGCCUCAUGUCCUACCUCGUCUCGCGGCUCAGCUGAGUUUAGGCAUCGACGGGCAAUUGAUCAACUAUGGGACAGUGACAGCUUUGAAUUCUCGGAAUGACAAGGUGC